GGUUAUUGUUGCCUCGCACUUGACUACUUUCAGCGAGGACCAUGCAAAUCUUCGUCAAGACGUUGACGGGGAAAACCAUCACGUUGGAUGUGGAACCAUCCGACUCGAUCGACAACGUGAAGCAAAAGAUCCAGGACAAGGAAGGGAUUCCCCCGGACCAGCAACGCCUCAUCUUUGCCGGCAAGCAAUUGGAAGACGGCCGCACGUUGAGUGACUACAACAUCCAAAAGGAAUCGACGUUGCACCUCGUGCUCCGCCUGCGUGGUGGGGGCAAGAAGCGCAAAAAGAAGAACUACACCAAGCCCAAAAAGAUCAAGCACAAGCACAAGAAGGUCAAACUCGCAGUGCUCAAGUUCUACAAGGUGGACGACAACGGCAAGAUCAAGCGCCUGAAAAAGGAGUGCCCGGCCCCUGAGUGCGGCGCCGGCGUGUUCAUGGCCACCCAUUUCGAUCGCCACUACUGCGGCAAGUGCCACGUCACGUACAAGUUCCAAUCCGAAGGCAACUAAGCGUGACUAACACCACCCCCAUGUGUGUGUGUGUGGACGAUGCCACAUGGACGCCGCCGCUGGCUGGCUCUUGCAGCCAACUGUCUGUCGUUCGAUCGAGUAACUUCACAUAACAGGACUCUCUGAAAGUAGAAAACAUUCUUCCA